AUUGGCGGUCAGUUGUACUAGGAGUUCUCCAGCUGACCAUUGUUUAGUUUUGAAAGUUACAUAGAAUACUAAGUAAUAAUCAUAUUACUCAAUUUCUUCAGAAAUGUUUUUAUUUUAAACUGAAUUUUGACCAUAUCGCAGUAAAUGGUAUUUUUACUCUCAGAAAUAGAUCUUGGUAACAGGUCCGUAAACAAGUAUGGAGGUGCGCAACGCUCGUCGAUUUGUAUGAAAUCGCAUGUUAGUGGGUAAAAAUCUUCUUUAAUAUUCUUUUAAUAUUUCUAGCUAUUAAACGUAUGUUUGGCUUUCUCACUGUCAAAAGUUUUUAUUAGACAUUUCUUUUGAUUGGAGUCCUUGGGUGAACAAGCAGCGAAGUGGAGAACGGAGCCUGGCCAUCGAUAAACAAGACACAUGACCAGUUUCCGCGGCGCCGCCGCCGGCCUCGCGAACAUGGCUGCGCACGGCUCGCACCAGCCCAAACGGAAGGAGAUCUACAAGUUCGAGGCGCCAUGGACGCUGUACAGCAUGAACUGGUCGGUGCGGCCCGACAAACGUUUCAGGUUAGCAGUGGGCAGCUUCAUCGAGGAGUACAACAACAAGGUGAUGGUGGUGCAGCUGGACGAAGAUGCCGGAGAAUUCUCGGCACGGUCCACGUUCGAGCACCCCUACCCUACCACCAAAAUCAUGUGGAUACCAGAUGGGAAAGGCGUCUACCCCGAUCUUUUAGCCACAUCUGGCGACUACCUGCGAAUCUGGCGGGCCGGCGAGCCGGACACGCGGCUAGAGUGCAUACUCAAUAAUAACAAGAACUCGGACUUUUGCGCGCCGCUGACGUCGUUUGACUGGAACGAGGUGGAUCUGAACCUGAUCGGCACCUCUUCCAUCGACACAACGUGCACCAUCUGGGGACUGGAGACAGGUCAGGUGUUGGGCCGAACGAACCCGGUGUCAGGCCACGUCAAGACGCAGCUGAUAGCCCACGACAAGGAGGUGUACGACAUCGCUUUCAGCCGAGCCGGCGGCGGCAGAGACAUGUUCGCCUCUGUCGGCGCGGACGGCUCGGUGCGUAUGUUUGACCUGCGCCACCUGGAGCACUCGACCAUCAUCUACGAGGAUCCGCAGCACACGCCGCUGCUGCGGCUAGCCUGGAACAAACAGGAGCCCAACCUGUUAGCCACCAUCGCCAUGGACUCGUGUGAGGUGAUCAUACUGGACGUGCGGGUACCGUGCACGCCCGUGGCGCGUCUCAGUAACCACCGAGCGUGUGUGAACGGUGUGGCGUGGGCACCCCACAGCUCGUGUCACAUCUGCACGGCCGGCGACGACCACCAGGCGCUCAUCUGGGACAUUCAGCAGGUGCCACGCUCCAUCGAGGACCCGAUCCUGGCGUACACGGCAGCAGACGGCGAGAUUAACGGCAUCCAGUGGGGUGCCACGCAGCCCGAGUGGAUCAGCAUCUGCUACAGCCGGGUACUGGAGAUCCUGCGCGUCUGAACGAGCCGCAGAGCCGCGGAGAGGGUAUCAUGUCUGAGGAGAGAGUCGCGGAGAGGAUCUCUGGGUCGGAGGGAGCAAGGGCAUCAGUGAUGCAGCGGAGAAAGGGAUCUCUCGAGUCUGAGGGAGAGGAAGAGUCUUCGAGUCUCAGCGGAGUGAUUGAAAGCUUGCGACUCAAAACGGGAAUUCUUCGCCCACGGAAUGAUUUUCUAGAACAACUGCUCUGACUGCUGACUAGUUCUCAAGAGCUCAAACUGCAAGGUUAUCCCGUCAUCAGAAAGCUCACCCCUUGCUGACAUCUCGCGAUUCUACACUCGCUGAAAAGGCAUGUAGACAACCCCAGCUGCAGUUCAGAAAGCCGAUUCGUGAAGCUGUUGAGAAUCUCUUGCCAACUCUCGCCAGGGUGGCGUCCUAGAUGGCGCUGCGUACACGGAGCUGCCACUGACGUCCUCACGGCGCUGGCCGAUACCGCUGAAUAUCCGUUGUCUCCCACUGGAACCGGAGCAUCCCGUGGGGAUUCGUGGUACUCCGCUGAGUGGCCCUUGCUGAGACAAUUCGGGGCGUCGACCGGCCGCUGCGGUGUGUCCGAUGAGCUGUGGUCGCAGUGGCUGUCCCACUUAUCACCAGACUACGCUGAACCGCCCACUUUUGAGGCUUGUGGGCCCGUGCAGCUACGUCUUGGCUCGGCCUGAAUGGCACGGAUGAGCUGAAGGGUCGUCUGACCACGACUAUGGACUGUAUGUGUGUCUGGCGUUGUCACGCUGAAUACCCACCAACAAGUAUGUGUCGUGAGUCGUUUCGUGCAUGUGUCAUGUAUGCGUGUUAGCAUUGUGUGUGCUGGGAGCAUGUUUUAUUGUUAUUGUACUGUGUAUCGCCGUCAUUGUCAAACCGCUGCGUUAUGUGUUUCUUUGACGGUGAUGCAGAAGUUUCCCUCUCGUUUAUGCUCGGUAUUUGCUCCCUCAGAUUAUUCUGAUAAUCUCGAGGCACCAUGUUCGGUGCAAAGUGGAUUUUGGGCAUUACUGAGAGACUUGUGCGAUACUGAGAUGUUUUAACGAAAUUUGUCGUGUAUCGGUAGGCUGUCUUUUAUAUUUUUCCUCUUUUAUCAUGUUAUGACUACUUUUAAUGAACUACCGGCGCGAACGACAAAUUUGUAGCACGUUUUGUGUUUUUGUACAAUAUUGGUGCCUGGUUUCAAUGUGGUGUGUGUGUGUGGGGGGGGGGGGGGGGGGGCAAAUGAAUUUCCCAUGUGUACAUGGCGUGAAGGGCCACAGUGUGUCGAUUUGCUGCUUAAAAUCACACAGAAGCUAGUGAGAACCAGUGAAAUAAUGUAUUACCUGCGGCCCAGUGACCAUAUACGAUGCUUCCAACCCAACCGGCGGCGUUCCGUCGGCUUUUAUCGUGUUCUAUGUAACCGGAUGACUCUCUUUCUGUGCGGACAAUUCAACACAGUUGUGGUAUGGAUUUGCGGUGCUGCUUUCGUCCUCUGUUGCGUGCUGCUCAAAUGGUUUCAUGCGCACUCGAAAUCUCUGGAUUUUGGGUAUCCGGCGAGAAAAAUAUUGAGUACAAUCCGCUUAUUUAGUUUUUCAUGAAAUUGGUAUGAAUUAUGUGUUGUAUGAACUACUCACUGCUGGGUUACCGUUGCUCAAUUAGUUCAGCUGCGUUUUCCUAGUUAACAUAUCGCCUCUCCAAGUGAUCAUGGUACUUGGCCCCCGACAAUUUGUGACUGCAUCGUCUGUCUGAUUUUAUAGCCUCACCCCCUCACUAAAUCCUUCAAUUUCUGGAAGGAGCAUUUGCUGUAUGCCAUAACUCACUGCACUUUACCUCGGCGGGUCGGUUGUCUUUUCAGGCAGUACCCAUCGCGUGCUGUUUGUGGUGGGAUUGUGUUCGUCGCUACUUCGCGCUGUUUGGUUUGCUCUCCAACGAACUGUUUUUAACGACGAUGGAUGAAAUAUGUGGGGAGCAUGCCUGCUGUGAUGACCUCUGUGUCGAUGGAGUGUUCUGGUUAAUGGAGUCCGUGGCUCCACUCGAAAUAUGCUUGCCUGAGAGUAAAUGUGUAAUAAAAGUGUCUUUCUGA